AUGGCUGGUCGAACUAUUCUUACUCGAAAUGCUGUGAUAAAUAGUACACACACAUUGAUCAAAUGCCCCGAAAAGUACUUGUUACCUUCGCUAGAGGUGUCCAAUCUUCCAUCUUUUGUCAGGAUGGCCUACAGACGUUUGUUCAGAUUACAAUCAUUUAUUUCCAAUAGGAAGAUGGUCAGGGACACAUACGGAGAAUAUCUGAGAUAUAAGUUUAAGAAGGAGAAUUACGAUACAAAGAGGUCUAUUGUAGUGGGCGACACGCCUAAGGCACCGCUUCGAGAAGAGAUACGUAAUAGCGUUAUGUUUGUGGUUAAGGCAGUUAGUCACUUACCUGAGACGAAGGAUUCCAAAUUUGCUAUUGCUAGGGAUAACACUACCUGUCGUCAAGUUUUGAAAAAUCUCUUAACCAUAGAAUAUGAAAAACAAUCUUUAAUAGCUAGAUAUCGACCACCAACGAAGCGUAGAGAUAUGGUUGGACCCUAUCAAAUAUACAGGAAAGAUUUCACUCACAUGCAAGAAUUGAAUAAAUCGGCACAGUGGCGAGUGUUCGGGGAAUUUGACAUCUGUACAGUUUAUUUGAAUGAAAUUUUACAGACUCGACUUUGA